UCAAUAGACAAAGCCACAAAGCCGCUUGAGCUUAGUUCAAAAAUAAGCCUCAGCUUCAGUUUUGUGUAGCAGUUGCAGCUGUACGGUUGUCUUCCAGUCUAGACAUGGCAGACUUUUACUGGCGCAACAAGGUGGCCGUCAUCACUGGCGCGUCCGUGGGUAUUGGAGCCAGCACAGCCGUUGCUUUGGCCAAUGCGGGGAUGCAGGUUGUGGGUUUGGCGCGGCGUGCAGAACUUGUUGAGGCCUUGAAUGCACAAGUUAAGGGCGAGGGCAAGAUCUUUGGCCGACAGUGUGAUCUGUGCGAUGAUGAGCAGCUGGUGAGCAGCUUCAAAUGGAUAUGCGAACGUUUCCACAACAUACACGUGCUUAUCUGCAAUGCAGGCAUAUUGAAAGCCAACUUUAUAAGCGAUUCACCUACAAAGGAUAUAAAGGAGCUGUUUGAUCUGAAUGUUGUUGCCACGGCAAGCUGCUUGCGAGAAGGCUUAAAGCAGAUGAAGGCUAUGAAAGUGCGCUGUCAUAUUAUCAUUAUAAACAGCGUGUUGGGACAUCGCAUACCGGAAGUGCCGGUGCCCUUAUUCAGCGUUUAUCCGGCCACGAAGCAUGCAAUUACUGCACUUUGCCAGACGCUUCGCCAGGAAAUACAUUUCCUCAAAUUAAAUAUUAAAUUAACGAGCAUAUGUCCCGGCAUGGUGGACACAGAUUUUCUGAAUGUUUACUCACAGGCAGUGGAUGAACUGCCCAAACUCCAGCCAGUCGAUGUGGCAAAGGCUGUGCUUUACGCCUUGGACACUCCUGUUGGCGUCCAGGUGGAAGACAUAAUUUUACAAAAAAUGCGCAACUUUGACUAAACUGUGAAUUUUUUGUACAAUAAAAAAAUAU